AUGGCUGACAAGCUGAGAGCAGCGCCAAGCACAGGGGUUGAGGUCGCACGGUUGCUCCCAACACUGUUGGUCGCAGCUGCUCUCCUCACUGGAUGGGCGUGUGCAGCAGCGGCGGCGGGGACGCCGCCGCGCUCCAGCGAAUUUGAACAGGAACUAGUCAAGGAGGCAGUGGACCUGGGAUCUGCGCACACUGACGAGCAGGCACAACAGGCAAAGGAGAUGGAGUCGCUGCUGCACUGGGCUAUAGAAAACAGCGACCCCGCAGUCCUGGCCGACCGCGCAGGCCGCAAAGACAAGGGGCAGGAGGAGGUCGUCAAGGACUUCCUGGAGCGCAAGCAGCGCGUCAAAGUGCUGUACGAUGCAGUCAACGCGCUGCCGACGGAGGCUGGGCUGAUGAAGCAGGCAAUCGCGGGGCUGCAGGAUGGGGCCGCAGCUCCAGAAGCCCGGCUGGCGGCGCUGGAGGAGCUGCAGCGCCUGGUUGAGCCGAUAGACAACGCCAACGAUCUCCACACCCUGGGCGGCCUCGCGCCCGUCGUCGCCCUCCUGGCCGAACCCCACCCCACUCCAAUCCGCGCCGCCGCGGCACACGUCAUCGGCACGGCCGCCUCAAACAACCUCAAGUUUAUCCGGCAGCUUGUGUCGCUGCACCCGCGCAUCCCACACGCUCUGCUGGCCAUCACCCAGCUGCGGGACGAUGCGGCGGCCGCCAAGGGCCUGUACGCACUGGGCACGGUCGUCCGCGGCUCGCGCGAGGCGCGCGCCGCGUUCUACGCCGCAUCGGGGCUCUCGCAGCUCGAGGCGGCGGCCGCGCCGGGUGCGGCGCAGUCGGAGCGCGUGCGCACCAAGGCGCUGCACCUGCUGACCGACCUGCUGGAGCUGACAACGUUUGACGAGGGCGGCGGCAGCGACGCAAGCCAGCAGCAGCAGCAGCAGCAGCAGCAGGAGGAUGGCCGAGGCAAUGCGGAGAUCGAGCGUCUAGCAGCUGGCGUGCUGCCGCAGUUUGCCGGCGCGGCGCUGCAGCUGCUGCAAACGGCCGAGAGCCUGCGCGCCCAGGAGACGGCGCUGCUGGCGCUGCACACCAUCCUGGCCAAGCGGCCACAGGACGGGCGCGAGGCCCUAGAGGCGAUGGGAGCGGAGGGGGUGCUGCGGGAGGCGCUGGUGGCACUGGAGGCGGCGCUGCUCACUGGGGAGGACGCGGCUGAGGAGGCGCGGAGAGAGGCGGCGGGACUGAAGCCGCGAGAGGGUGGCGGAGGGGAGCAAAGUGCCGGGGAGGACCAGGGAGAGGACCCGGGGGAGUUCGGAGACGGCAGCGACCCGUCUUACCGCCACUACCUGGUGGGCUUGUGCGCGGACCUGCUGCAGGACCUGUCUGCGGAGCAAGGGUUCCUGGGCCACGAUGAGCUGUGA